AUGUCCUCCUUCAAGCAGCCCGGGACGCAGGAGUUCCCCGGAGCGCAGGAGUUCCGCGCGACGGUGGAAGAUGACGGACUCGACGCCGAUUAUAGCAUGGUCGGCGACUACCCAGAGGAACCCGACUAUUACGUCCUGCUGGGUCUUUCGCGCAGUCCGCCUCCAACAGAUGCCGAGAUCCGAUCCGCCUACCGCAACUUGACCCUCAGCUUCCAUCCGGACAAACAGCCGCCGCAUCUCCGCCAUGCGGCCGAGAGUCAGUUCAGACAUAUCCAGGAGGCGUAUGAGACGCUCAUUGAUCCAAAUAAGCGCGUUGUAUAUGAUAUAUCUGGUGCAGCGGGUGUGCGGCAGGAAUGGGGCCAGCUUGGGGCCAUGGGGAUUGGUGGGGAGGCACAAAGACAGGAUGUUGGUGUUAAGGCGAUGUCGCCGGAUCAGUUCCGGCGCUGGUUCUUGAAGACGAUGAAGAAACGGGAGCGGAAAGCUGUCGAGAGUCUGGUUUCCAGCAAGGGCGGUAUUACCCUCGGAAUCAACGCGUCGUCUAUGGUCUCAGUCGACGAGGACGAAGAUGUGCAGUUCCAUAUACCCUCACCGAAAGUGUCCUCGUAUGGUGUUUCGUAUAAUUUCAAGACGCCGGUGUCUUUACCACAACUUUGGGGUAUGGCAGACAAAGAUGCAGAAACCUCGGACACGGAGACGGAUUCAGGAGAACAGGUGCAGGACGAGGAAACAGAGGACAUGCAGGUAACUUGGAAUGCGGGUAUAACUGGAGGUUUGGCUCGCCCGGUCAAGAAAGUCACAGUUGAGUACGAGGAUGGGACAGAAGGAGAAGAAAAGUUUGAAAUGCCACCGAUCCUGGCAGCUCAGAACUUCCAAUUUGGGGCCACUGUGACUCCCAAUUUCAAAAACCUGGUGGGCACAAAGGGAAUCUGGACCAAACAUCCUUUCUCUCUCCUUAGGGAUUCCCAAGUCAGCUUCGCAGCUCUUCUUCUCCCUGCCCCAACCUUGAAAGCGAGUAUUGCUCGAGCCUUCCAACCAAUCCCCGGCACCAAGCCGUUCCAGGUCAGCGUGACCAGUAUACAUACACGCUCCUUGGAGGAAACGGCGCCUUCUUUCGAGGUCCAAAUUUCGAGGGAAAUCGCCAAGCAGAAGAUCGCCGUCAUUACAUGGUCCAGUGGCGUUGUUGACUGGCCCGAAUUUCUUCUCAACUGGUUCCCAUCACUUGGAAUGGGAGCUCAGAGUGCCAUUGCAUCUGUGAACGAGGUCAGUAAUCUGCAAAUUGGUCUAAUAUCGCUCCCCAAGCAGGGCCAAGCUGCGAUCGAUUUCGAUGAUGAUGAUGAAGAGGAGAGUGGAGAAUUGGACGAGGAUGUCCGUCAUCUUCUCAAGAAAAAGCGCCAUAUCGACCAAUCUGCCGAGUCGUGGCAGACCUAUCUCCAGGCUAGUCCCGCUGGGGGCGCUGUUGUCUUGAGUUACUCUCGGAAUCUCUUCUCCGGAAAACCCGCUGAUGAUCCGGUCAAGACUGAAUGGAGCUCUGAAGGGUAUUUCCCGAUGCCGAGCAUGGACCAGGCGCGUGCUGUUCGACUCGAGAUCUCGAGUGUUGUUGGGUUAGACAUGUCUCUCAAUUGGACCAUCAAGGGCGUUCGACGUGUUGGCGAGUACACGCGUGUUGGUCUCGGCAUUGGCAUCGCGGACAAGGGUAUCAUGAUGACAGUUUCAUGGAGCCGACUCGGCCAAAACAUUAAUCUUCCGAUCAAUGUUUGCCCAGCUAACGAGGCAACAAGCGGCGCUGCAGCGCUGACUGCUAUAUUCCCUUGGCUGGCCUACUGUGCGAUUGAAUUUGGUUAUAUUCGCCCGCGCGAUAGGAAACUCCGUCGACAGGCAGCUGCUCGACGCCACCGUGAGCUCAAGAAGUUGGUCCCUAAGAAGNNNNGCGAAGAGAGUCUCCAGGCCAUCGAGCUCAUGAAGGAUCAAGUGCAAAGACGGCAAGCGCGAGAGGAAGCACAGGACGGCCUGGUUAUCUUGAAGGCCGAGUAUGGUUAUAUACCGCCAGUAAACAAGAAGCCCAAAAAUGGGUUCGCGGAGCCUCGGGUGACUGAUGUCACUAUCCCUGUGGCUGCGCUAGUUAACCGCGGUCAAUUGGUGAUUCCCGGAAAGACCAUCAAGUUCCAAAUUUUGGGAUUCCAUGACCCUGCGCCGUUGCUGCCCAAACGAUUGAAGAUCUGGUAUAGAUUCCAGGGGCGCGAUCAUUUCGUCGAGGCAGGCGAUAAAGAGGACAUCGCAUCUCCCAUGCGUACACACAUUAUAUCCACAUGA